CAUUCUCAUUCGGUAGAAAGCUAUCUCCUUCCUUCCAUUGAAAUGGCUUCCACAGCAUCCAACACUAAACAGAUCGUUACAGAGAUUCCUACCUAUCUCCGAGUCUUCAACGACGGCACCGUAGAACGCCCCCGUCAAGCACCGACAGUGCCACCGUCACUCCACGGCGACGAACGAGUCUCAUCCAAAGACACCAUCAUCUCUCAAGACCCCACAAUCUCCGCUCGCCUCUACCUUCCAAAACCAGCUCACUCCACUGAAAAACUCCCCAUCUUGGUGUUCUUCCAUGGCGGUGGAUUCUUCUUUGAAUCUGCUUUCUCCCAGCUCUACCAUGAACACUUCAACUGCGUCGUUCCACAAACAAAUCUUCUGGUUGUUUCCGUUGAUUACAGGCUUGCCCCGGAGCACCCUCUCCCUGCUUGCUACCAUGAUUGCUGGGCUGCACUUCAAUGGGUUGCAUCUCAUGCUGCAGAAACAGAGCACCCCACCAAAACAGAGCCAUGGUUGAUUAACCAUGGUGAUUUCAGCAGAAUCUUCAUUGGGGGUGACAGUGCUGGUGGUAAUAUUGUGCAUAACAUCGCUAUGCGUGCUGGGUCUGAGGCUCUACCUUGUGAUGUUAAGGUAUUGGGAGCUGUUGUGUACCACCCUUACUUCUACAGCUCAGAGCCAAUUGGUUCAGAACCUAAUCCGAGGCCUGAGCAGGCCCUCCCCGCUGUGAUUUGGGACUUGGUGUAUCCAGCUGCGCCUGGUGGGAUUGAUAACCCCAUGAUCAAUCCGGUGGGUCCAGGGGCACCUAGCUUGGCUGGACUUGGGUGUUCCAAGAUGAUUGUGUUUGUUGCUGGCGAGGAUAACAUCAGGGACAGAGGGGUUUGGUAUUAUGAUGCUGUGAAGAAGAGUGGGUGGCAGGGGAAAAUUGAUCUCUUUGAACAGGAGGGAGAGGAUCAUGUUUAUCAUAUCUUCCAUCCAGAAUCUGAGAGUUCCAAGAAGUUGAUCAAACGCUUGAUUGAGUUUCUAGAUGACCUUUCCUCUUCAAUGGCUUCUGCAACAACCACCCCAACCAAAGAGAUAGACAGAGACCUCCCUCCUCUUCUCCGAGUCUACAAAGAUGGAACCGUGGAACGUCUCCUAGGCUCUCCUGUCGUUCCAGCAAUCCCUCAUGACCCAGAAACAGAGGUCUCAUCAAAAGACAUAGUCAUCUCACAAACCCCCUUAAUCUCUGCUCGUAUCCACCUCCCAAAACAGAGCAACCCCCAAAACCCAAAGGUUCCAAUAUUGAUCUACUACCAUGGUGGUGCGUUUUGCCUUGAAUCAGCUUUCUCCUUCCUCCACCAACGCUACCUCAACAUCGUGGCUUCACGAUCAAACGUUGUGGUGGUUUCCGUCGAGUACAGGCUCGCGCCAGAGCAUCCUCUGCCUGCAGCAUAUGAAGAUGGUUGGGAAGCUCUGAAAUGGGUUACCUCUCAUUCCACCGACAACAAACCCAUCAACUCUGAGCCAUGGUUGAUCGAACAUGGUGAUUUCAGCAGAUUCUACAUCGGAGGUGACACUUCAGGUGCCAACAUCGCAUACCAUGUGGGUCUCCGUGUCGGUGGUGGAGUUGAGAAAUUGCCAGGGGAUGUGAAAAUUGCAGGGGCGUUACUUGCUUUUCCCCUGUUUUGGAGUUCAUACCCUGUUUUGGAAGAACCUGUUGAGGGGUUUGAACAGAGUUUGAGCAGGAAGGUUUGGAACUUUGUGUACCCAGAUGCACCUGGUGGGAUCGACAACCCUCUGAUCAAUCCUUUGGCUGAUGGGGCUCCAAGCUUGACAACGUUUGGAAGCAACAAGAUGUUGAUCUUUGUUGCAGGGAAUGAUGAACUGAGAGACAGAGGAAUCUGGUUCUAUGAGGCUGUGAAGAAGAGUGAGUGGGAAGGUGAUGUGGAACUCAUUCGAGUGGAUGGAGAGGAGCAUUGCUUCCAGAUUUACCAUCCUGAAUCUGAGAAUUCUAAAGACAUGAUGAAGCGCAUAGCUUCUUUCCUUGUUUGAACAUGAACUUGGGAUUAUCAUGUAAUUUCUGUUUUUUUACUUGUUUGUGAAUUGUGAUAGAUUGGUGGACUUGAAUUUCUGAUUCAAAUAAGACAUAAUAAAUUGGAGUAUUAUGCAUA